CUGCUGGGUCAGUGUUAUAUGCUGUCUAUUAAUAAUUCCAUAGUCAGAGCAGCCACAGCGGAGGCGAAGCGGGGGAAAUCCACAUCGGCAGUUCUCCUUUUUUUAACUCUUCAUUGGACGAUCCAUCGCCUAAAUUAUGUGACAUAAACCCACUUCAACUUUCGUUAUUUUUUUUUGUGUUUGUUUUUUUUGUUCCCCCCAAAUCUACCUUUUCAUUCGUCUUUUGCGACCUUUAUUUCCACACGUGCUAUUGUCUCGCUCCCCUUUCACACCGCUGGCACUCGGUCACCGGCUCCGCCUGGGCACUUCACAGCGGUCAUCCGUCUGCGCGGGGCGGCCGCGGCUUGUGGGUAAACACGGAUCGGACCCCGCCGGCGAGGACUCCCUCCGGUGCAUUGAUGCACCCGUUUCAGUGGUGUAACGGGUGCUUCUGUGGUCUGGGACUGGUUUACGCCAACAAGUCGUGCACCAUGCAACCCAUCACAUUCCAGGCCCUACCUCUGAACAUCUACAUGGUCAUCUUCGGGACAGGCAUCUUUGUCUUCAUCCUGAGCCUCAUCUUCUGCUGUUACUUCAUCAGUAAACUACGACACCAAGCCCAAAGUGAACGGUUUGGAUACAGAGAAGUAGUUUUAAAGGGAGAUCCAAAAAAGUUGAAUCUUCAUGGGCAGACAUGCGCCGUGUGUUUGGAGGACUUCAAAGUGAAAGACGAGCUGGGGGUGUUGCCAUGCCAACAUGCUUUCCACAGGAGGUGUCUGGUGAAGUGGCUGGAGGUUCGCUGCGUCUGCCCCAUGUGCAACAAACCCAUAGCUGGCCCCCCUGAGCAGCACCACAACAUAGGGACUCUGCUGGAUGAACUGGUGUAACCGCUCAGCAACUGCCAGCCUGGGUGGGACACCGGAGCCCGGCCAGACCAGCUGGUAUACGUUAGCGACUGACAGGAAGAAGGACACUGUUUUGCAGUUCAAACACAGCAAAACACCAACAUGAUGAUAGUAAGUUGGGGUAACCUAGUUACCACCUAGAGGAAGACUCUGAAGAAUGCUGUUGCCUAGCAACCAUGUCUGAGAUGGCAACAGGACACCUUGUGGCGUCAGAGAGAUUAUCUCUAGCCACCCACACAUCACUCCACCACUCCUCUUUCAACAUCCCCCUCUCCAACUGAUCCUUCACAUCUUCUCUCGUUGCCUCGCGUGAGGUUAAUGGCACCACUGAGGGGAAGGAGGCACAGUUGCAUUCUUGGAGUUUAUAGACAAAGCCGGUAGAGCAAGGGUCUUAACGAAGGCCAGGAGAGAAGUAAUACUGUAGCGAAGACAUAGACAGGUUUGACUAAAACUGGUUUGGAAGAAAUAAAAAAAACUUUUUUAAAAGACUUUGCCUAAGAUUAUAAAUUGAAGUCAUACUGGGGAAAAAAAUGACAGAAAAGGUGGAUUCAUGCCUCAUCAGUAGGAUCUAAAUUAUUCAUAGUAGCCAGAAGAAGCAGCUCAAGCUGUAGUCAGCUGGUAGCGAAUUAAUCAGUGUUUUCAUCAAUUCUUUCUCACAAUGCAACAGAUUUUUUGCUGAUACUGAUGCUGAGUGUAAUACCUAUAUUAGUGCCCACCUCUACAGUAAUAUCAUGUACAUACUGUACAUGCUCCAUCUCCACUGGGAUGUUUUAUUGUUCAGACAUGCAGAUGUUUUUAUUGUGUUAAUAUGAAUGGAAGGAACCGACUCCUCCUUCUUCUCUCUGUAAAAGUUUGGUUCUUUGUUGGAAUAUGUUUGGUUUUUUUUAGAUUUUGCACUUUGAAUUCACAAAAAAAAAAAAAAAAAAAAAAAAUUCCAUCCUUCUUUCCUCCUAAAAUGCUAGACUAAGACUUCCAUGCAGCACAGCGGGUCCCUUGUUUAAAGGGGUGGUGAAUGUUUUAUAAAAGUCUAUGAAGUAUCAGAGAUGCUGCAAGAUCUUAAGAUGAGGGAGGCAGCAGUGCUGUUCUGUGAAUUCAUCUGGGAAGCCACUAAAUCUCACUUUCAUAAACAGCUUUUUGGUGGCAUUAUUUAUGGCAAUUCUGUUUUACAUUCCUCAGUUGUAGGGUUGUUGUUGUUGUUGUUUUUUUUUUUUGUUAUUUACAGUGAGUUAGAAAGCAAAACACUGCCUCAAUUGAGCACAAAACUCACACAGCACAUUGUCCCGAUACAGUGGGCACCUGCACUGUAAUUAAAAGCCAAACGCACACGCAUGCACGCAGACACACACAAACACACACACGCACGCACACACACACACGCACACACGUACACACACACACACGCGCACACACAAACAGAGUUGAGCUGUUUAAUUCACAUCCAAGUGCCAAGAAAAAAAAAGACCUGAUGCAUUUUCAGCACAUGAGCAGGAGAAAUGUUCACUCUGAUUCUGGCCACAUUCCACAUUUUGUAAUCCAACAGAUGUAAAUAACUUCAAACAAUAAUAAAUACAGUCUGUUUUGCGCAGCCUCUCUUCCUUCCUAAUUUCCUAAUAUUCUUGUAUGUGGCGCCACCAUCAGGUGAAAUAAUGUAUCAAAAACUAGAAAAUUGGUAUUAUUGUAUGUGGUUCUCAACCUUUCCGGCCUGUGAAAGACUAAACUUUCCUUGUCAAAAUGGUUCAUAUGAGUAGUUUUCAGGGUCCUGGACCAUAUUUAUCAAACUAGUUAAGAAUGAUACUUAAAAAUGUUGAAGUGAGCGUGAUCACCUGAUUGAUCAUAUGUAUGCUCAGGGAAGGAAUAGCCAGUCAGAGAUAUAGAUUGACCACCGACCAACAUUUUAUUUGUGUGAAAUCUUUAAAGAUCUAGGAAUAAUUAAAAUAUGAAAUAAAUGAUUUCAUAUAAUUAUACAUCUAAAUAUGGGUUUGAUAUAAUAUGCAACUGACUGAAAUUGAGAGAAUGAGACAGAAUUGUGCUGCAAGACGUUUUGCUGUUUGUAGACAAGGAACGCCAGAGAAAUUAUUUAACAAGGAGAAUUUAGAACCACACCGCCUAGUGCAGACAAUGAAGA